GGACGCAGUAACAGAAAAACUGAAUCGAAGAAACCCUCGAUUCGCAGCUCGGCCGUUUCUCUCUCUCUCUCCCUCGCGCGCGCUCUGAGCGAUCUCCGUCCACCGCUGCCAUGGCGCUCCCGGAGUACUCGCGCCAAUCGCUGAUCCCUAGCUUCCUCUACGCGCCCUCCUCGUCCGGGGGCCUCGCCGCGGAGAGGAUCCCCGCCGCCGGCGCGAGCCCCGUGGAGAAGCGGAGGAGCUUGGUGAUACCGUCCCCGAGCGAGCCCGGGAAGAGGAUCGAGAUGUACUCGCCGGCGUUUUACGCCGCCUGUACCGCCGGAGGCAUCCUCAGCUGCGGCCUCACCCACACGGCCGUCACCCCGCUCGACCUCGUCAAGUGCAAUAUGCAGAUUGACCCUUCGAAGUACAAGAGCAUCACAUCUGGUUUCGGAGUGUUACUGAAGGAGCAGGGAGUGAGAGGCUUUUUCAGGGGUUGGGUGCCAACUCUACUUGGUUAUAGUGCUCAAGGUGCCUGCAAGUUUGGAUUCUAUGAAUUUUUCAAGAAAUACUACUCUGAUAUUGCUGGACCAGAGUACGCAUCAAAAUACAAGACCUUGAUCUACCUCGCUGGGUCUGCAUCUGCUGAGGUGAUUGCAGAUGUCGCUCUCUGCCCAUUUGAGGCCGUAAAGGUCCGGGUGCAAACUCAGCCUGGUUUUGCAAGGGGUUUAUCAGAUGGACUUCCCAAGUUUGUUAAAUCUGAAGGUGCUCUUGGGUUGUACAAGGGCAUUGUUCCUCUUUGGGGUCGUCAGAUUCCAUAUACAAUGAUGAAAUUUGCUUCUUUUGAGACCAUUGUGGAGCUGAUUUACAAACAUGCCAUUCCCAGACCUAAAGAUCAGUGUAGUAAAAAUCUGCAGCUUGGUGUGAGUUUUGCUGGCGGAUAUGUUGCAGGAGUUUUCUGUGCCAUUGUGUCUCAUCCUGCUGACAACCUUGUCUCCUUCCUCAACAAUGCCAAAGGGGCAACUGUUGGUGAUGCAGUGAAAAAGCUAGGAUUAUGGGGUCUCUUCACUCGUGGACUUCCUCUUCGUAUUGUCAUGAUUGGAACUCUUACUGGGGCCCAGUGGGGGAUCUAUGACGCCUUUAAAGUUUUCGUGGGACUGCCAACCACUGGUGGUGUUGCUCCUGCUGCUGCCCCUGCUGUGCUUGCAAAGGCUUAGACUGUGGAAAGAUCAAGAUCGGCAUUUAUCAUUUUUCGACACCUCUUUGAAAGGAAUAAUGAUAGGAUUACUGAAGCUGCUUCAGCUCUUGGGCAAUAUGGGUGAUUAUUUGACAACUAGAACUUGUGUCUUUCCAUUGUUAAGGCAUGUUGGUUUCGUUGACAUGUCUGCGAUAUCGUAUAUUGAUCCAUGAAUAUUCUUUAUAUGCGAGUCAGAUGAGAAAAUUUGGACCCAA